AUGCCAUCACCCCUUGGACGACCUAUUCGAGUUGGUGUAUUUGAACAUGAUCCUGAUGCUUUUAAUUGCUUUCGCCUGUUGCCUCAUAAGAAUUGUCGUAAACCUGGUGCUGAAGUCGAGAUAAUCAAGACAGUCAUGGAGCUGCUCAAAUGGGAAUGGGAAAUUGUUGAUACAGCGUUAGAAUUCGGUGUUGUUAACGAUUUCGGCAUUCUUGAAUCUGACGGGAAUUUUAGUGGAAUUAUGGGUCUACUCGCAAGGAAUGAUAUUGACAUGAGCGGUUUGUCGAUGAGAAUUACGCCUGAACGCAUGCAUGCUGCCCAUUUCACUUUCCCCAUUCGUUACUUCCAGCAAGUAUACAUUAUCAAACGACCGCCCGAGAAUGAUUUUCGGAAUUUUAUUUUUGCGACAUUCACGGUUCAAGUAUGGCUAAUGUUACUAGUCACAAUUCUAGGGGUGGCUAUGCUAAGGUUUGUCAUAGCCAUUUUGAUAGACAAAAAAGAUGCGCCUAGCACAAAUAUUCUUACAAGCAGCAUUUUGGAGACUUACGGAAUAAUGCUCAAACAAAGGGUAGUCGAUCCCACAGCUGCGUCUGCAAUGGUGCUAGAAGCAGUACUAAUUGCAGCAAUGUUGGUAGUCAGCCAAUACUAUCAGUCUUCAAUGAACUCGAAGCUGACUGCACCACCAACCUCAGCCAUUCCUUUCUAUCACCAAGACGAGCUGCUGACUCUCUUGGAGCAGAAGAAAACCUAUCUCACCUACUUUGCCAAUCUGACACUGGAAGGCUCCAGCGAACGAAAUAUAGAGCGUAUAAAGAAGUUGUCAAUAUAUAAUCCUGUCAUAACACAUGAGAAUGAAAAUGACCUCAUUGCAGAAAUAAAAAGAGGCGGAGUUUUCUUCUCAACGUACGAUGUGGAAUUUUUGCCUCAAACAAUCAGCAGUUGGGAUAGAAAACAAGGAUUAACUGUCAUACUCGACACCGCUGGAAUUAUCAGCUAUACCGCUUUUGGAUUUAGCUUAGGAAAUCGAGCACUUUGUCGAAUUGGUGUUACCUAUGACUCGACGAAAGUCAAUAACAACUAUUAUCACUGCCAUGAUGAAUCCAGCAAGGACAACUUGGCGAAAUCCAAAAAAGCUAUUCGUGUCCUAUGGAUGUCUUUGAUUAUAUGUCUCUUCUUCAUGACAUGUGAAAUAAUUGGAGGAUUCUGGGCAAACUCUUUGGCUAUCGUUACUGAUGCUGCACACUUGCUUACCGACUUCGCAUCAAUGUUGAUAUCAUUGUUUUCUAUUUAUAUAGCAACAAAAAAGCCCUCACAACGGAUGAGUUUUGGAUUUUAUAGAGCAGAAGUUCUGGGAGCAUUUUUCUCAGUAUUUUUGAUAUGGAUAGUUACUGGCGUACUUGUCGUAAUGGCAAUAAUGCGAAUGAUAAAUAGAGAUUACGAAAUUGACUCAACAGUUAUGGCUAUAACUGCAACGAUUGGGGUAUGCGUGAAUUUGAUAAUGGGGGUCCUUCUCUAUUUUGGUGGUCACUCACACUCACAUCUUGGUGGUGGCCAUGGCCAUGAGGAUGCAGAGCAUGGUAUGAUAAUCAACUUCUACAUUAGUCCUCAGGGACAACAAUCAGAUGAAGAGCCAAACAUCAAUGUCAGAGCGGCUUUUAUACAUGUUUUGGGUGACCUUAUCCAGAGUGUUGGUGUACUGAUUGCUGCACUCAUCAUAUAUUUCAAUGAGGAUUUGCUUAUAAUGGAUCCAAUAUGCACACUUAUCUUCUCUGUUAUUGUGCUUUGCACAACAAUUUAUAUACUAAAAGAUGCAAUGGUGGUGCUGCUCGAAGGCAGACCUAACACUAUCAACUUCUCAAAUGUGUUUUCAUCUUUGGAGCAAAUUAAUGGUGUUAAGAAAGUACAUGAUUUGCGAAUAUGGGCUCUCACCAUGGACAAGCUGGCCGUCUCCGUACAUCUGGAAGUAGCCGAGCCAGAUAGUGCACAAUCUGUGCUACGAGAAACAAGAACAAUGCUGCAGAAGGUCUAUAAUGUUCACGAAAGCACCAUUCAGAUCGAAGGAUUUGUCGAAAAAGAUUGUGGACGCUGCGAUGUGCCUAAGUAA